AUCACAUGGUCAGCCAAGCAGCGGUUGCUCAUGACUUGAGAACCUCCUUUGAUUCUACAAUAAGGCUUGAAAUUAGGCCGUUGACAGCUGAGUUGCCACUUAGGAUCGAAGCCCCAGUUUGUUCCUGUUGCUGAUAAUGAUACAUGAGAGGCCAAAACUGGGGCUACUCUUUUUAAUAAGUCUCAGUCAUGGCAACAGAGGGUGUGGAAAAGACGAGUGAAGAUGCUCCAGCAGCUGGGAAAGUCAGCACCAGAUUUGACCUGGAGAAGGAGACUGAACUUCGGUUUGAGGUGGAGGCAGGAGAGGCAGCAGAGCAAGUCGAGCUGGAGCUCCUCACAGGAAUGGCUGAAGUGUUUGGCUCAGAGCUGAACCGCAACAAGAAGUACACAUUUGGACCAGGCUCUAAGAUCGCAGUUUUCACCUGGCAAGGCUGCAGUGUGAAUCUUUAUGGGAAGCCAGAGGUGUCUUAUGUGUCUAAGGAUACUCCCAUGCUGCUCUACCUGAACACACACGCUGCCCUUGAACAGAUGAGAAAACAAGCAGAGCGGGACAAUGAAAGGGGGCCGAGGGUGAUGGUGGUGGGACCUACAGAUGUGGGGAAGUCAACAGUGUGCCGGCUGCUAUUAAGCUAUGCUGUAAGGGUGGGCAGGAGGCCAACACUGGUGGAACUGGAUGUCGGACAGAGUGGGGUGUCUGUUCCCGGGACAGUGUCAGCACUGUGCAUUGAGCGACCGGCAGACGUGGAGGAGGGUUUCUCAGUUCAGGCUCCUUUGGUCUACCACUUUGGCUCUACUACACCAGGGACCAACAUCAAACUUUACAACAAGUUGACGUCCUGCUUGGCCGAGGUAUUUUCCCAGCGCUGUGAGGUCAACAGGAAGGCCAGUGUGGGAGGCUGUAUCAUCAACACAUGCGGCUGGGUGAAGGGCUCUGGAUACCAGGCUCUGGUCCAUUGUGCCUCUGCCUUUCAGGUGGAUGUGGUGCUGGUGCUGGACCAUGAGAGGCUCUACAAUGAACUCAAACGAGACCUCCCUCACUUUGUGCGGGUUGUGCUCUUACCCAAGUCUGGGGGGGUGGUGGAGCGCUCCAAGGAGUGCCGGCGGGAGGCUCGGGAUGAGAAGAUCCGGGAGUAUUUCUACGGCUUCCGCGGGGUGUCCUUCUACCCUUUUUCCUUUGAAGUGCGUUUCUCAGACGUUCGCAUCUAUAAGAUCGGGGCACCAUCCAUCCCCGACUCGUGCCUGCCACUGGGAAUGUCUCAGGAUGACACACAGCUAAAGCUGGUGCCUGUGACACCAGGGAGAGACCUCACAUAUCAUGUGCUGAGCGUGAGCAGUGCUGAGGACGGAGAGGAAGGUGCUAGAAAGGGCAUAGUGGAGAGCCCUGUGUGUGGCUUCAUUGUAGUGACUUAUGUAGACACGCAGGCACAGGUGAUGAAAGUGCUUUCCCCAGCGCCCAGACCACUGCCCAGACACACUCUGCUUAUCAUGGACAUCCGCUUCAUGGACAUGAAAUGAAGUAACACUUCAGGGAAGAUGUUUGUACCAGAGGAGCAGGAUUUUGUUGGCUAGAUUUCUCUUGUUUGUGCUUUGCACAAACUACAGAUAGCAGGGGAAAAGAUUUAAAUACUGAAAUUGGUCACUGCUGUAAAUUACGCCCCAUUUUAUAGACAACACUGUACAGAUAUUUGGAAAAUUUGUAGCAAAUGAUGUUUUAUCACCAGUGUAAUUAUUUUCUUGAUAAUCUGUUUUAUAAACAUCGUGUUUUUUCAUGAACAAUAAAUUAAAAAAAAAAAGUUCUGCAUUUUGUAUUAACCACACUUAGUUCCAUGGUCGGCAUAUUUUCCUAUCCUACAUAUGCACUGUGAUCAGUUCACAUUUAUUUGCACGUCCAGUGCCUAAUUGGCUGGUUAUGAAAAACAGAAAAACACUUGUGUCUGUACUUAAUUCAAUUUAAUCGGCCUUAAGAAAACUUUAAAACUCCAUAGAUUUUCCUGGAUUUUUACUGCUGAAGAAUCACAGUACAUUUUGCAAAGUAUUUCCACAAAGCCUUAUCCAGGUGUGCAAACAUCUUUUGAAUGUGUCAGUAAAGUGGGAGAUGUGUGCUGUCUUCUCUUUUGUAUACAUCCUGUAGUGGGACCAGUGGCAGAAUCUAACUAAGUGCAUUUACUGUUAAUUUACUUAUUUAGCACUGUAAUUAAGUACAGUUUGGAGGUCCUUUUAC